GGGGGAGACAGGACGCGCGUUGUGGGGGGAGACAGUGCGCACUAACCAUGCCUCCGGCACGGCCCGGAGACCCAAACUUUCACCAACAACGCCCGGAAGUUCGUAGGAUCGUGACGGCACUCAAGGUGUUGGAGAGAACAAAGAAUAAAGGAGGCUUUUGACUUGUCCUGUUGAAGUAAGUGCUACUGAAGACUGGCUGCUCUGGUACUCCCAUCUGUCCAUCUGUCUUAUCCUGGGGUCCCAAGGCUUUGCACUGGCUGAACCACAGCCAUGGAGGUGGCGCUGGUAGACUUUGAGAGCCUGGUUGACCUCAAUGGCAGCCUGGACAAUGAGGUGGACACCUUUGCAGAUGAGACCACAGCUCUCACGGUGGACAUGCCCCCAGAGCACAGCCAAGGCAGCAGCUUCCUUCUGCGAACCGGUCAGCUGUCCUCCCAUGUGCCCUCCUGCAUCUGGGAAUCCACCUCAUCUUCACCUCCUCCACUUUCACGGACACGAAGAGUAUCCCAAUCCCCAACCAUGCCAACUCCAAGCAGACAGGGGCGCACUAGCUGCGCCAGUAUGAUCUCCAAUUGGAAAAUGCUGCUAAACAGUGAGGGCACCAAGGACAGUGAGACGAUCUUCAGCCGGCUUGCUAAGGAGUGUUGUGAGGAUCUGUUUGUAGACAGACGAGGGCUUGAUGAUGGAGACCAGAAAGUCAUCAUCAACAUUGCUGGCCUUCGUUUUGAGACACAGCUCAAAACCUUGGACCAGUUUCCUGAAACACUGCUUGGAGAUCCUUCGAAGAGGAUGGAGUACUUUGAUCCAAUGAGGAAUGAGUACUUCUUUGAUCGUAACAGACCCAGCUUUGACGGGAUCUUGUAUUACUACCAAUCAGGGGGUAAGAUCAGACGUCCAGCUAAUGUACCCCUGGAUGUGUUUGCAGAUGAAAUUGUAUUUUAUGAACUUGGAAGUGAAGCCAUGGAGCAGUUCAGAGAAGAUGAAGGAUUCAUUAAAGAUCCUGAGAUUCCUCUACCUGAUAAUGAUGUGUACCGGCAAUUCUGGCUGCUGUUUGAGUAUCCAGAAAGCUCAAAUGCAGCCCGAGGUGUAGCACUGGUGUCUGUAUUUGUUAUUGUCAUAUCCAUCAUUAUUUUCUGCAUGGAAACACUGCCAGAAUUUAGAGAUGACACUGACCCAAUUCUGCCCACAGUGUUUCAGCCUUUCAACCAAUCUAGAAUUUACUCUUCUGUGUCUCCGUCUGAUAUAAAGACCACUUUUACUGAUCCCUUCUUCCUCGUUGAGACUGCCUGCAUUGCAUGGUUCUCCUUUGAGCUGUGCGUGAGAUUUUCGGUCUGUCCUAGCAAAAAGGAUUUUUUCCACAACCUCAUGAACAUGAUUGACAUUAUAUCCAUCAUCCCUUAUUUUGUUACGGUAAUUACAGAAAUGGUCACAACGACACAGGAGAGUACAGGACAGAACAUGUCUUUGGCCAUUCUGCGUAUCAUCCGUCUGGUUAGAGUGUUUCGUAUUUUCAAACUGUCACGUCACUCCAAGGGGCUGCAGAUAUUGGGACAAACUCUGAAGGCCAGUAUGCGUGAGCUUGGCUUGCUCAUCUUCUUCCUCUUCAUUGGAGUCAUCCUCUUCUCCAGUGCUAUCUACUUUGCUGAGGUAGAUGAGCCUGAGACACAGUUUGUCAGCAUACCUGAUGGCUUCUGGUGGGCUGUGGUUACCAUGACCACUGUAGGCUAUGGGGACAUGUGUCCCAUUACCAUGUGGGGUAAAGUGGUGGGCACCUUGUGUGCCAUUGCAGGUGUGCUGACCAUUGCUUUACCUGUUCCUGUCAUUGUUUCCAACUUCAACUACUUCUACCACAGAGAGACUGAAGGAGAGGACAAGAUGCCAGGGUCAGAUGCUGCUGAGAAGAGCACCAAAAACGGGAGCAACCCCACGCUCAAUAAAACUAAUGGCAUCUGGCAGAAUGACAAAGGGAAAUAACUGUAGGACACAAUUAAGAAAAGGGACUUUGCCACAAAGCAGGAAAUAAAUAUUAAAUACGAGAAUAUGGAGGAAAUUAACUGCUAUGAUUUUCCUCAACUGAUGGUGUAACAGGAUCAGUGAGAUAAAAUGUUUGUACCUAGUGAAAAUUCUGUUUUAAAAAUAGGAUGUGCUGUACUUACCUCUUUUGUGUCUAAUUUGACACUUUGAAAAUAACAAAGAAGACAAGAAGAAGAAUUCAUAGUGUUCAUAUUCAGGAUUGUAUGUCAACAUAUUUCAAGUCUUUGUGUUAGGACUCUUACUUUAGUUGCAAAUCUCCCAUUGUCAUAAUUCAGAAGUAUAUUAUAAAGCAUAUGUUACUUUUGGUGUUAUUUUCAUUGUCUUGGCCAUUAUUCCUAUUACUUAUAACAUUUUUCACACUGGCAUCACUGAGGUUUUAGGCCACAAAUACUCAUGUAUUUGUGUAUUUGUAACAUGUGUUAAAACAUUGUCUUCAAUGGGCAUAAAACACAAGCCUGAGACAGGUUUAAACUCAUCAGAUUUAAUGGAAGAAAAAGAGUUAAAGAGUGCAGUUAAAGGUCACAAUCUAAAAUGUUUAUAGGAUUAUAUCAGUUAACUGUAUUAUAGAGCCAUUUCUUGGUUCAGCUGAUGGAAAUGACCUUUUUGCUCAUCAGAUUUUUAUGAUGAUUCAUGGGUUAUGGAAAUGUGAAACAUGUCAAUCUGAACAACUGUAUGUGUAUGUGUUAAGGUCACACUGAAGGGGAUAUUUUUAUUAGACAACUGGAGCUUUUUCAUCUGCAAAAAUAUUGUUUAAGGCUGUAUCACAGCACUCAAAAGAUGCUGCCACAGUCAGGAGAUGACUGUACAAAAACAUAACUGAUAGGACUGAUGGCCAGUUCUACACAGAUAAGACCAAGGCUGUAAAAAAAAAAUACAUAACAAAACCAAAAACACAAAAAAUCUCUCCUGUAAGUGUUGUGGAUGAGUAACUUCUCUAUUAGUCCUUCUGUGUUUAUUUAUUUAAAAAUGAAUGUUGUAUUUAUUCAUUCUCUUUAAAGGGUAGCAUGAGUAAGAAUCCUCCACUAUUGUUAGCAGUCUAACUGACUCCACGCUAUGUAUUAUAAUGGAGUGCCUUAAAUUAUGUAUGUAUUUUGGGAUACUGUUGAAUUUGCCAUACAUAAUCUUACAGUAAUACCUAUGUUUAUCAUGCAAAUAUGCUCAGUAUUUUUGAUUUCAGCUUGGUUGAAAAUGUUGAAGUUGUAACCUCUGUAACCUCCAUUUGUUUGUGAGAAUUAUUUUCCAAAGAAAAAAUGCAUUCUGACCUAAAACACAAUUUAACAUAUACAGUGGAUCCCAUAUGUUCAUUAGGUAGAUACUAUUCUUUGAAAUUUUGGAUUUCAUUUGGUAAACAUAAUCAUUUGUCUCCAUUAGUGGAUAUCUUAUUUAAGAAGGAAAGAAGAACCCAUUCAGUGACACCAUGAUCAGUAAAUGAUUAAAAACAAAACAAAAAAACAAAAAAA